UUGGCCUCUGAAGGGAUUGAGCCAGUUCAGGCCCAGCCUGCUGCUGCUGCUCCUUCUCUGCUUCUCUCCCCUUUUUCUCUUUUCCCCUCUCACUCUCUCUUCCUGUCCUGUCUGUUUAAGGGGAGAAAGAUUGGGAAAUUCCUUUAAGCUACUUCACUUCAGGUUUCUGUGGGAUUUAAACAUGCACACUGAAGUUUUGGUACAGUCCAUGUUAGUGCCAUUGUUUCUCAUUCUGCUCUCUGCCGUGGAGGACACUUUGUUACAGUCGGUGAGCCAGGUGGGUGGCGUGUGCAAGCUGUCCGCGGAGUCCUCCCUGCGCCGCUGCCGGACACCUGAUGGCAAGAUCUGCAGUGGACGGGGCAAGUGCGACUGUGGCGUCUGCAUCUGUGAAGCCAGAGAUCCGGGGAAGUUUUACGGACCACGCUGCGAGUGCCACGACUGGGUGUGUGCCACUUAUAAUGGGAAAACUUGCAAUGACCGUGGCUACUGCGACUGUGGGAUGUGUGAGUGUGAUGACGGCUGGUCCGGAGAUGCCUGCCAGUUCCAGGAGGAGUGUAACCUAUCCAACAAGAAGAGCAAAGAGCUCUGCAGAAACCCUCAGGGGGUGGUGUGCUCCAACAGAGGUACCUGUCAGUGUGGCAGCUGUUUGUGUGACAAUGAGGACAACAGAGGUUUGGUGACGGGACGUUUCUGUGAGUGUGAUGACAGCGAGUGCCUGGACGAGGAGACUGGAGAGGUGUGUGGAGACCAUGGCCAGUGCUACUGUGGAAACUGUUACUGUGCUGCUGGUUGGCAUGGAGACAAAUGUGAAUUCCAGUGUGACAUCAGCCCAUGGGAAAGCAAGCGGAGAUGCACAUCUCCAGAUGGCAAAAUCUGCAGCAACAGAGGGACCUGCAUCUGUGGAGAGUGCAACUGCUAUGACGUGGAUCCAUCUGGUGACUGGGGCGAUAUUCAUGGAGACACAUGCGAGUGCGAUGAGAGGAACUGUCAUGCAACCUAUGAUCGAUACACAGAUGAUUUCUGCUCAGGUCAGGGCCAGUGUAAUUGUGGCAGGUGUGACUGCAAGGACGGAUGGGCCGGGAAGAAGUGCGAGCAUCCUCUGUCCUGCUCCCUGUCUCUGGAGAGCAGUCUGAAGAAGUGUCGCGGAACGUCCAAUUUGCCCUGCUUCGGACGAGGUCAGUGUCGAUGUGGACAGUGUACCUGCCACCCUCCAGGGGACGAUCGAGUCCACGGCAAAAACUGUGAGUGUGACGACCGACAGUGUGAGGACAUCAGUGGGGAGGUCUGUGGAGGUCACGGUUUCUGUUCGUGCGGACGCUGCAUCUGCCAGGAGGGCUGGUUUGGAAAGCUGUGCCAGUUUCCAAGGUCCUGUGACAUGAAGGACGAGCAGAGCAAGGAGCUUUGUGAGACAUCUGAUGGAGUUAUGUGUAGCGGGAAAGGAUCCUGUCACUGUGGCCAAUGCAUCUGCUCCCCCCAGGAGUGGUGGGUGUCUGGCGAGUUCUGCGAAUGCGACGACCGGGAGUGUGACAAACACGAUGGACUGAUCUGCACAGGGAACGGGCUGUGCAACUGUGGCAGCUGUGAGUGCUGGGACGGCUGGACAGGGAACGCCUGCGAGAUCUGGGUGGGGACAGAGUACUGAUGAGGAGUGGACACUGAGUUUAGAGACGGGAGUAAUGGCUGCCCGGAGCGACCAGAGGAAAGCAGACGGUCACCAUCAGGCUGGUGGGAAAUCAAGACUGAACAUGGAGGAACAUCUGCAUAUCAUUAACAACAUUCAUUCUUUUGUUGUACUGGUUACAGAAUAUUCUUAUAAAACUGGGUGUUGUAGGUGUAAAGAAGCAAAAAUAUUACCAUGUACACAAAGCAGCAUUAUGUGUAAUUGUUGUAUAAUGUAGUGAUGCUGAAAUAUCGAAGGCGACUUCACAUAAAAGAAUGCAACUACAAAUGCAAAUGUUGAAGGAGUGCAGAAAUACUAAGGUGCUCUUUUGAAUGUGUGGGAAACUUGUUGACAGAAGAAGUGAAUGUAGCCUCUGGUUUAAAACCAAUGCCAAAGUGCCUUAAAGCUUUAUUCUUUCUUAUGGCUAGCAGGGGGGGGACAGCUCAAAUGGUUGUAAAAAAAAAAGUCAGAUUACAUUAAACCAGACAAAAUAAAUCUACUUUUCAGUUAACUCAUUAACUUUGUGAACAGUUUCUGGUCUCAGUUGUUAGCUUUAAAUCUCCUUCAGUACAACAUGGUGCUAAUUUUGCAAGUAAGUCACAUUAAGAGUGAAAUUAAUACUAAAGCAGAUGAUGCUUUACAAGCCCGUGACACCACGAAAUAUUAGAGACUCCUCAGUAAAGUUCCAUUCAUUCAUCCUGUGUUGUCAUGAAGACAAACGUGAUGGCGACAGCCAAACUGCCAACUUUGGGACUGUGUUCACAAAUAGCCUUUUUUUUUUGAGCUUGUGUCAGAGUAGGGGAGGGUUUCAACUUGAAGUCUGAAAAUCACUCAAAGACCAAAACAAGAAGAAAAUAUGAAUCACAGAAAGACAAAAUAUUCCUAUAAAGGUUUCUUCCAACAACUUUCGGGCACAUUGUUCAAGGGUUUAAGGCUAGGUAUUGCACUAUUAUAUAUUAUAUAUAUGUCAUAUCUAUUUUAAAAUGUUAGAUAGUAAUGCUAACACUAUCAAAAUGUUUAAGUCAGUAGGUAAUUGCAUGCUCAAGUAAUCCCUCCAAGCUUAAUCUGCAAACUGCACUGAACACCUGGUCUAACAGUGUUUAUUCUACCAUGGAGAUCAUAUUAAACAAAAUCAAAAGUUCCUAACACAAUCAUAUUCCCCAGGUACAAAUACAGUGGGCAACAACUUAAAAUGUGAGUAUUUCAUAUUACACUUCAAUGUUUUAUCCAACAGCACAGAGCCGAUUGGGAGAACACCGUGGCUACUAGCCAUCGAGUUUGGUUUGUGGGAUAUAAGUUCAAACAUAUAUGUAUGUAUAUAGUCAGUAGGUUAUUACAUGUAACUUAGACAAUAUGUUUCACCUUAUUAAGUGUUAAUCUCACGUGUCUUUCACACCAGGCCACUAAGGGAGAUCAUGCCUCCAGUCUUUUAUAAUGUAUGGACAACAGUCCGAUCCCAUUCUGUUUAGAUUACUGAUGUAUAAUCUGUAUGAUGAUUCACUGUAAUGUUUGAUUUUAGGACAUUACAAGUUGUUAGCGUUAGUACCUGAAUUUAUAAUCUGCAUUUUCACAGCAUUCUUGAUCAUGCCCUCAACUAUGAUGCAUUGCCAACUUUCUCUAUAGUGGAAAACAAAGACAACCAUGUUUUUUUUUUUCCAUUAGAGAGAGCUGGCCAAUCAGAAGGAAAUGGGCUUUUAGGAGUGUCUUAAAGAAGUGGUUCUUCACUGGUCAGGGAUCAGGACCCAAAUUCUAUUCUAAAAAAAAUUCAACCAUCCAAAGUAAUUAAUGAAAAAUGUUCAGAGUUUGGACCUUACAUGGAAGAAACACAUACAGAAACAACAUGCAUGCAUGUAUAUUAUUUUACUCAAUUUUUCUUAGCAUGCUAUUUGUGGUGAUUUCUCAAAGAAUAUAAUCUUAUUUUGGGAAAGCCAGUUUUUUUAUCCUGUGAAUAAAUAUGGUGAAUUAGGUAAAUAUGUUGAAAUCCUGAGAGAAUGACAAAAAUGUACUUGGUAUCAUGUAGUUAGUUAAUUACAAAGUAUGGAUGUAUGUCCUCUUAAGGCUUCCAUACAUCAUAGAAUUUUUUUCCCUAGAUUUUUUUCACACCUUCACAACCCAAUGGAAACAGCUCUGUGACCCACUUUUGGGUCCCUACCCACUGGUUGAUAACCACUGUUUUAAAGAGACAGUAUUUGAAAAUCAACAGUGUCAGACAAAGGCUGUAUACAGAAGGGUUUUAUAGACACCAAAGUAAGAUAAAUAAUGAUUUUCUAGAACUCUAAAAUAAAAUGCUACAACAGAUGUUGCACAGAGGAAAAUGAUAUAGGUGUUUAUGGAGACCAUAAACAUAACAGGAGGAUGAUAUGACUUCUUUAGUGCUUCAACAUGAGGCAGGGCUCACAAACACGGGAAAACAAGAAGGCCAUGUCUGCCUCUUUUCUACAGUCAAAAACAGUGGCUCUCAACUGAUCUAGCCUCAUGAGCCCAGUUCAAAAAAAAAUUCGACUAAUCAGUUUUAUUUAUUGAAAAUAGUAGAGUUUGGAUCCCAGAAGGAAUACAACAAAAUAAAGAAAUGCAAAAAAGAGACAUCAUUUCAUAAUUUUUUGUCAGGCACACCUUUACUAAAAAUGCCUUUACCACCCAUUUUUGGGUCCUGACCCCGCAGUUGAGAACCACUGGUCUAGAGUGACACUACAGUGGGAUAAUGGAGGUCCGUUUGUACGGAGUGAUGUAUUGUUCAAACUCUGUAAUGAAAGCUCAGUGAAAGGCGAAGACAAAAGGUACUGUUUGAGGUUUUUAUUUCUUUUUAAUAAUAAAACAUUAAAUGUGC